UUAUUAACUAGGCAAGGCGGAGCGGCUACCGAUAAAAUCCACAGUCAGUGAGUCCUUUACCUUCGGCGGAACUCCUUAUAUCUGGAGCUCCUUAUUACCGCUUCCCUUCACCCUUUUUCUUUUCCCACCCCCCCCCACCCCUCUCCCUUCCUCCUCGGCUAUUGUUCACCCGAGAUUAAAAGAAGCCUGGGAUUAAAAAAAAUAUAUUUUACGAAAAACCGCAAACGGAAAAAAAAUCAAUCAAAAAUCUUACUGAGGUUUUAGGCUUCACUCUACCUCUCAACAGUCUCCUUUUUCCCCCCGCCUCCUCCUCUCUCGCUCUCCAUCGCACACCACCUCCACGUUUUCCAUUCCUCCUCCUGUGGGAGGGACGCCGCGAGGGUAAGCAGCUUCCAACCGUCCUUUGGUUUUUGAAGAGUAACGGCUGGGAGGGCGCGCGCCGCUUCCGCGAGCGAGGACCUGCUUUAAGGGAAGCCAACUUUCAGCAACUCUUCGACCACCCUCCGUUCCUCGAGACAACAUGGCACGGGCAAAGGCCAAGGAGGCCGAUGGAGACUGGAAGAAAUUCCUCUGGGAUUCCGAGAAAAAACAAUUUCUAGGCCGGACCGGUAGCAGUUGGUUCAAGAUAUUCUUGUUCUACUUGAUUUUUUAUGGGUGCCUUGCUGGGAUCUUCAUCGGAACAAUUCAAGUGUUGCUGCUCACUAUUAGUGAUUUCGAACCGAAAUAUCAGGACAGAAUUGCACCUCCAGGACUAUCUCAUACACCAUAUUCAGCAAAAACCGAAAUCUCCUUUAGUGUGUCAAACCCAAAGUCUUACGAAAGCUUUGUGACCAGUUUAAGGAGUUUUGUGGAACUUUACAAUGAAUCCAGUCAGCAAGACAACUCUAUUUUUAAGUCCUGUGAUGGUAAGUUUAGGUAAAUUGCUCUGGUAAGC